AUGCUUUCAUCACCGUCGGCAGUCGUCGUACCAAAGGAGAGUUCGGUUAAAGAAUUUGACUUUUUUGAGGCUCUCUCCAUCACACCUCAGAAAGAUCCCUUCUCAAUAGACGACGAAGAGUUUCUCUCGUUGCCUGGCACUAUUCGCACGCCAAUCACACCAAAAUCAGUUCCUCUGGCGACGACGCCACUGUCUAAAGCCUCGAGCGCCACUAACAUCAACUCUUCUUCAGGCCUGCACGCGCCUGUCAAACAGCCCGCAAAAAUGUCUCGCCAGUUGCCCAAAGCCCAUACAAGAUGCUCUGACCUUUGCCACAAUGUUGCGGCUAGUGGAGAUCGAACCUCUGUCCGCAUGCUCGAAUACCUCACCACGGUCAAGCAACUUUCGCCUAAUGUCGAUCGAUUGGCUCAUUUGUUCCUCGAUACCUGCCAGAUUCUCUUCUCAAUCGAAGCUGGCCUUGGAGAAUGUGGACGCUCGACCCCAGAGUUGCCGCCUGACGUUAUCUCGGAAUUGGACAAGAAAUUACGAGUUGCUCAAUCUGACUUCAAUAUUCUCGAUGAAAUGCUUAGCAAACUCCUAGAAUAUGAACGCAAAGGCAAGAUGGGAAAGAUGAGGCGUGGCUGGGGCAAGAUAUUUGGUGAUACAGACAUCGACAAAAUAACGGCAAUUCUCGAACGAACAAAGGAAGGCUUGAAGAUGAGUGCGCUGCUCUUCCAGUGGACACUAGGCACCGAACGAAUUGAACGCGGCAUGGGCAUCGGAUACACAGGGCUCGCAGCGGCGUUGAACAGACUGGAUGAUAACUCUGGACGUGUGAAAACAAAGGCUUCCGAGCCGGACAUGUCGCGUCAUCGCCCGUCUCCUCUUGGCCACGGGCAUUUGUCUGCCGAGGGACAGCAUCAGCAAAUGCAAGCAUCUCCAGCCGCAUGGAGCGAAAGAUCCUCUUCUCGUAGACCCGAUUCCAGCUUGGCGAAUAAGCCAUUUCCAAAUUCGCGCGGUCCAUCAGACGAUAUCCUUCAUCAUUACAGCAUUACCACUCCGAGCUCGAUUAUCUCAAACGAGAGAGUCAAUUCGGGCAUUGUUGCAGCGUUUGAUCGAGCCAGCACGAUUGGAGACACGUCAUCCCAUACUGGAUCAGCAGAGUCAGAUGCCCUUUUGGAAGAGUUGGCUGGCAUGGAUCUUGGACAGUCCAAGGCCCUACGUCUGAAAGUUGACCCUUUCACGAUGCCCCGCUGGACCCCUCGUAGCACAGCAGGCUCGGAUGCCGAAAACCUGAGGGGCAGUAUCAUUUCUGCUGUUCGAGGAAAAAACCAUAAACUAAUUGAGCAGUUGCUGGAUAGAGGAGUGUCUCCUGCAGCGGCGCUGACAGAGGCUGUCAACCUCCUUGAUGCCGAAAGUAUCCGGCUCUUACUUCUUUUCGGGGCCGAUCCUAACGAGGCAGAUGGCGAUGGCAUCACGCCACUUUUUGCGGCAGUUCAAAAGAUGUUCUUUUCGGGAGCAGUCACCCUCCUAAAGUAUGGAGCGGACCCCAAUGCUUUGGUUGGCCUAGAACUGGAGUCUCCUCUAUCAUCUGCCAUUUCUACUCACAAAGUUAGCUUGACACAUCUCUUAUUGAUGUAUGGAGGUGAUCUAUCUCACAGCACCUCCAAUGGCAACACGCUGUUAAUCGCAGCUAUCAACAAGAAAACCCCAAAGAGAAUGAUUGAUCUUCUUCUCCAUUAUGGCGUGGAUCCAAAUGAGAAGAACAGAGAAGGGAAAACAGCGCUCUUUGAAGCGAUUAGCUCCUCUCGAGUGGACAUCACGGGCAGCCUUUUGACUCAUGGGGCGGAUCCAAACCUCCCUGGACCCAAGCACAUGCUGUGGCCGGCAACAUACCAGACGCCCUGUCUUCAACUACUUCUUAACCACGGUGCAGACUAUAAGAAAUGCCCUGGCAUUAUGGAACUGGCAACUAGUAUCAAUAACAUCGAAUCAGUGCGCGUGCUUUUGAAAGCCGGUGUCGACCCCAAUGCCAAAAAAGACGGUGUUUAUACUCCUCUUUGCACAUCCAUCCGAGACAACCGAAUGGACAUAUUUCAGCUGCUGCUGAGCAGCGGCGCAGAUCCAAAUGUCAGUGCUAGCGAGUAUCCGGCCUUCAAAUGCGUGACACACAACCGCGUCCACCUCUUGCCUGCGCUUGUCACUGCUGGCGCGGACCUGCACUCCCCCAAGGGAAUACUAGAGACUGCAGUUAGCUCAAACAACAUGGAGGCGUUAUUGUGGCUACUAGACCAAGGCCUCGACCCAAAUGAGAGGAAUCCCAAGGGAGCGUCCCCAUUGACAAGCGCCAUUCGAGAGAGCCGGAUGGAAAUGAUAGACGCCUUGAUCGCCAGAGGAGCCGAUCCCAACAAGCGCGGACAAGAUUGGCCGGUAUGCAUGGCUGUGCGGAAUCCGUUGAUACUUAGGCGCAUCCUGUCGGUGCUUGCCGAGCCACGCGCUUAUAAAGGCGUCAUGGAAAUGGCUGUGGCCGCCAACCAGAUCGAGUCUGUCAAGUUACUGUUGGCAGCGGGUGUUUCGGUGGAGGAUAAGAACGGUGGUGUUUUCUCUCCAUUAACCACAGCUAUUCGCGAGGACUUGAAGGAAAUGGUUCAUUUCCUCAUCAAUGACGGCCAUGCCGACCUGAACGCUCCCGGCGAGCAUCUUCCCAUUGUCAAGGCAGUCAGAAGAUGCCGCGGUGACGAUACGGAGAUUCUCGAAAUGCUUCUUGAGAAGGGCGCCGAUCCAAAUAAAAUCUACAGGGGCUGGAACGCCUUUAUGCAGGCCGUUGAAAAUGGCGACAUGAGGAUUUUAAAGCUAUUGAGCAGCAAAUUCAGCGUUGAUUUGGAGGCUAAAGAUGACCAGGGACGGUCAGUCAUUGAUAUCGCGUCUUCUCGAGGCUGGGAAGAAGCGGUCAAUAUACUUCUUGAGGGUAAUUUUAGGCUUUAG